GCUUGCAGGAAAAGGGUAUCAACAAAUCAACCUUUAAAGCUUUUGGCCACCCAGCAAUAUCACUUCAUCUCUCUCUGUUUCUAUUGAAGGUCUCAAUCAUGGCUAGUGUCGGUAGUGGAACAAGCAAUCCUCAGCUACCUCUGGAUGGGCGGGUAGCAAUAGUAACGGGAGCCUCGCGUGGUAUCGGCCGUGCCAUCGCUCUCCACCUUCGAUCCCUCGGUGCCAAGGUGGUCAUCAAUUAUGCAUAUAGCUCCAGCCAAGCAGAUCUCAUAGCCUCCGACAUCAACUCCAAUUCCGGUUCACAAUCCGUCCAAGCCAUAGCAGUUCGUGCCGACGUGUCGGACCCUUCUCAGGUCAAGUCCCUAUUCGACCAGGCUGAACAAGCCUUUGGCAGCCCGGUUCAUAUCCUGAUUAACUGUGCAGGGAUCUUGGAUCCCAAGUACCCAAACAUAGCCAACACCACCGUCGAGGAUUGGGACUCCACGUUCGCCACCAACACCAAAGGUGCCUUCUUGUGCUCUCGAGAGGCUGCCAACCGCGUGAGCCGUGGCGGAGGUGGGCGCAUCAUCUGCAUCACAACAUCAGUGGUGGGUUCUUUGCUUCCUGGAUACGGUGCCUACGCAGCAUCAAAGGCUGCGGUUGAGACGAUGACCAAGAUCUUGGCCAAGGAGCUCAAGGGUACAGGGAUCACCGCCAACUGCGUCGCCCCAGGCCCCGUUGCGACGGAGUUAUUCUUCGCCGGUAAGACGGAAGAGACUAUCAAGAGGUUGAUGGACGCUUGCCCCUUGGGUCGACUCGGGGAGCCUCAGGAUAUCGGCCACAUCGUCGGUUUCCUCGCUUCCGACGCCGGCGAAUGGAUCAACGGUCAAGUCAUUCGGGUCAACGGUGGCUUUACUGUCUAAAUCCCAUUAUUUUCCCACCAUCCAUGGGUGUGGGGCCAAUCCUAUCCGAAUAUUCCCCUCAAUUUUGUACGUGGCUGGUUGCUUCUUCACUUAUUUCCCAGGAUCCCACCACCCAUUAAUAAAUGCUAAUCUAAUUUUUUUUUUUUAAGAAUAUAAAACCGUCUCUCAUCAGUCUUUAAUGGGUAUCCCGUAUCCUAAAGAUCUGCAGACGUAAACACUUACGUAAGCGUCCAAGACUCUGGAGUAUGACCUUUUACCCACAUUUCUAACUGCAACGGACAAC